AUGAUGAUGGCCCUGAAGGAGAUGAACCGCCGGUGGCAGCAGCAUGCUGUAGAAGUUUGCGGCCAACCGGUGCAUGCUUUGACCUACCAGAUCUUUCCCAUUGGAUCUUCUGGAGGCCUCAUAGAAGCGGUACUUGGAUGCCGAACGCUACGUGAAUUGAAAAAGCUCUGCCGCGAACCACAGGAACGUGUCUAUGAAGCUUUGGGUGGUGAAUCACAGAAGCUUGACACCUUGGCUGCUUCAACCACAGCUUAUUUGACAGCCUGCUAUGCACUGGGAGUUCGUGAUGGUCACGAUGAUAACAUCAUGCUGCGGGAGGAUGGUUCCCUCUUCCGCGUGGAUUUUGGCUUCGUGUUUGGAGCCACUCCUGAGAUCGACACCCCGCAGACGGUGGUCGCGCGAGCCGUGACCUUCGCCCUUGGGGAGCGCUGGCUGGAAGUGGUGGCAGCCUGUGGGGACUCACUGACGGCCCUCACCGGAGACAGUUAUGGAAGCCCUCCUGCCUUUGAUUGCUUGAGCAGCGUGCCGGCACUGGAGGCAUACUUGCCUCUUGCUAGAGUCUUGGUUCAGCGCAAUCUGUGGGACAUUUUUGUUGGCAGAAAGGCACUCCUGCCAAACUUUGCAAGAGAAAAGCGCACCUUUUUGUGUUUGGGAGGCCUUAGGUUUCGAUGUUGCUCAAGUUUCGAUACGACAGCCUUCGCCACUAAGACUAAGGAUCACAUACGGCUUCCCUGA